CGUUUAUGUUUCGAACAAUCCCAAUCAAUUGUUUCUCCCAUUUCAAUUUCUAAGUCAAUCACGAACCCAACUGCGACCACAUUAGCAGGAAUUGUAGCCGAAAAGCGUCACCGCAUGCGGUGCCCCCCAUAAUCUCCAGCCAUGGGCUUCACAACUGGCUUCCUCAGCGGAAUCACCAUUACUACCUCCCUCCUCUACCUGACCGUCCUCUCCCAGAACAGCACUCGCGCCACCCAACGCACCCUCCUCUCCCAACAGCGCGCUCUCCUCACGCAAACCUACGACCCGGUCCCCUCACUGCCGGAACCGCGAGCACACACCGAAAAUGCCGGACUGUCCGAGAUGGCGAAGGAUCGGUGGAACGCAGAUGUGGAGAGGUUAGCGCGGUGGGCGAGUAAUAUCAAUUGGGAUGAGGUGAGGGAGCGGGUGGAGGUUGGGGCGGGCAAUGUGUGGCGGAAGGUGAGGGAGGCAGGAGAACCGAUGCGGGAACGGGUGGAGAAUGCGGAGGUGGAAGAGGAGAAGCCGAAGGAGGUAGCGGUCACGGUUACGCCAGUGGAGAAGAGUCGGUGGGGGUGGGGGAAGUCGAGUUGA